GCCGCGGGCCGGGCGGGGGGCACCGCACCGCACCGCACCGCACCGCACCGCACCGCACCGCACCGCACCGCACCGCACCGCACCAUUCCCCGCCUGCCCUCCAGGAUGAGCCCGGAGUAUUUCCUGCGCUCCUUGCUGCUCAUCAUCCUCGCCACCUUCUCGGCCAACGCCAGCAACUGGCUGUACCUGGCAAAGCUGUCUUCAGUGGGAAGCAUCUCUGAGGAGGAGACCUGCGAGAAGCUGAAGGGCUUGAUCCAGCGCCAGGUGCAGAUGUGCAAACGGAACCUGGAGGUGAUGGACUCGGUGCGGCGCGGGGCCCAGCUGGCCAUCGAGGAGUGCCAGUACCAAUUCCGCAACCGCCGCUGGAACUGCUCCACGCUGGACACCCUGCCUGUCUUUGGCAAGGUGGUAACACAAGGGACGAGGGAGGCAGCGUUUGUCUACGCCAUCUCUUCAGCAGGGGUGGCCUUCGCCGUGACCCGAGCAUGCAGCAGCGGCGAGCUGGACAAGUGUGGAUGCGACCGCACGGUGCAAGGCGGCAGCCCGCAGGGCUUCCAGUGGUCCGGCUGCUCCGAUAACAUCGCCUAUGGUGUGGCCUUCUCACAGUCCUUUGUCGAUGUCCGGGAGAGGAGCAAAGGGGCAUCUUCCAACAGAGCACUGAUGAACCUCCACAACAACGAGGCGGGGCGGAAGGCGAUCCUGAACAACAUGCGGGUGGAGUGCAAGUGUCACGGCGUGUCAGGCUCGUGCGAGUUCAAGACGUGCUGGAAAGCCAUGCCUCCCUUCCGCAAAGUGGGCAACGUGCUGAAGGAGAAAUUCGACGGUGCCACUGAGGUCGAGCAGAGCGAGAUCGGCUCCACCAAAGUGCUGGUGCCGAAAAACUCCCAGUUCAAACCGCACACGGACGAGGAUCUCGUCUACCUGGACUCCAGUCCUGACUUCUGUGACCAUGACCUCAAGAACGGGGUGCUGGGCACCAGCGGCCGGCAGUGCAACAAGACCUCCAAGGCCAUCGAUGGCUGCGAGCUCAUGUGCUGCGGUCGGGGCUUCCAUACGGACGAAGUGGAGGUGGUGGAAAGGUGCAGCUGCAAAUUCCACUGGUGCUGCUCUGUCAAGUGCAAACCCUGCCAUCGGGUGGUGGAAAUCCACACGUGCCGGUGAUGCACAGAAGGAAGCAGUCAUCCCUUCCCCUCUCUAACUGAUCCUGCUUCUCUCUUGCCCUGUGGCCAGGACUGAGGAAGUGACCCAGACGCUGCAGGGAGAGCACAGCUCUAUACAGAGACAGAGCCCCAGAGGAAAACAGAUUUUAAAAGAAAGGAGCAAAAAAAUAUAUAUAUUUAAAGUUUAAAAAAGAAAAAAAAACCAACCCCCCCAAAAAAAGCGAUUGUUGUUAUCUUUUAUUUUGGUCAGUUUGCUUAUUUAUUGCUGAGGCCAGAGCAGGGAUGUACCUGACCUCGUGGCUGGCAGGGAUCUGCCUGCCCUCAUCGGAUGCUCUACACUGACUCCGGAGCAUGGCAAAUGGGAGAUGGUUAAACCUGAGGCUGAGUAACACUAGGGACCGCGUAUCUUCUGUCACAAUCGUUUGUUAUUUGUUGCAGGAGUGCUUUCAGCAUCCCAGAGUACGGCUGGAGCACAGCCAGGACAUGCAGCUGUGAGUGCUACAGAGGAUGGGGAGAUGGGGAUGGGGUGGCACUGUCCAUCGGUGUUAAUCACAAUGCAGGGAGAGCCCAUCCAGGGCUGUCAGUGUACGGAGUGUGCACGUACAGAGCCUCAGGGAUGCUCUGAGGCCUCCUGGGCUCUGGAGAGCUGUUGGAGCAGCUCUGGCAGACACUGUGAUUUACAGAAGCUCCUUGGCAGCUGCCUGGGCUGUCAAGGGACAUGAUGUUCCCACUUUGCUCCCUGUCCCCUUCCAAAGCCCUUUACCUCCCAACCUCAGCAUCUUGCCAGAGACUGCAAAGAGCAGAGUACCUGCAAUCCAAGGACAAGCUGGAGAUGGAAGGAAAUCCCUGGGGAUUCCUUUUCCUCCUUUCCAUAACCUUGCUCACCAGCAUCCCACAGCCAGCUCUCCUACUCCUCCUUCACGUGGUCUCUCCAGAGGCCAUCCUGCACACCCAUUGAGGGCUCCUGGGGACAAGAUGAUACACAGCCCAUCCCCAUCCCAGCCACUAGUGAGGAGAGCAGAAGUACAAAUGGAAGGAAUUGCUGGGAUGGGAGGAUGUGCCAUCCUGCUCCAUGCAGCCUGGUCUACAGCCGUGCCAUGAGGAUAACGUGCUGUUCUACCCGCUCCCACUUCCCCUCUGCCUGGGAUCGGGUUAGCAUAGAGCCCUUGCUGCUGGGCUGCAGGAUGAAAUAUUUGGAGAACUAAUAAGCAGUGGGGCACUGUGAGGGGAGGUGGAAAUUGAACCAGUUUCUCUCUUCCCUCACACAGUUGUCUGAGAGGUUGAGAGGCAGAAGGGAGUAAAGAAAAACCCCAAAAUGGCACCUCAAGCCAAGAGGAACAUCUGCGAGGAGCUGGUGUGGGUGGCACUGCUUUCACUGGGCGGUACUGUGUGAGUGGGAGCUCCACACCUGGAGAUGGACCGUGGUCCAGAAGAGCCCAGAGUUAUGGCCAUCGCCAUCUGGGCUGGGGGUCCUCACAAACCUGCAGGCUUAUUUUUAUUUCCUGCUUCAUCUAGAGAGGGGAAAGGUUAGGGGAACACGCAGACAUCCAUUAAAUCCCGUCUGUGCUGUGGCAGUGAUGGGCUGGGGGAGAGCCUGUGGUCGCUGGAAGGUCUCCAGACAGCGUCCGGCUGGAAGGCUUCUGACAACUGACUUGAUGCAGCAGUGGCUGUGGCUCUGGGGCCAAGCCGCGUGCCUGGAGCAGGGCCCUGCUGGCUUCCCCCACACCACAGGACAAGGAAGGCCAGCACUAAGGGACCUGAUGUCCCCCAACUCCCAAAACCUUCAGCAAAGGGCACCAGAGGGUGGUGACUCCAAUCCAGAGCUGCCAUGGGUUGUGAGCAACUUCCAUCUUGAGCUCAGAGCAGCGCUGAGCAAGGCUUGCCCCUCUCACCUUGGCCAAGGCACAGCACUGAGCCCCCAGCAGGGAUCUGAGCUGCACUCCAUCUCCUUAGGUUCCAAGGCUGUGAGUUCUCAAGUACCAUGGACUGCUCCUCCUCUUCCCAGCUCAUGCAGAGGAGGCCACAGACCUCAGGCCACUAGCCAAGUGUUCUGCUCCUUGUCCAUCUAGGAUGAGGGCCAAAGCUGAACAAGACAAUCCAGAUCAGUGUGUAGAUAAUCGCAGCACAUAUGGGUCUUUUUUUCAAGCUGCAAUGAAAGCUGAGCCCUGUAAAUGUCACCCAGAGAUAGCCUGGCUCUGCAGCUCUCUGGCUCUUCUCAUAACUGUAAAUUUCGGGGAGGGAAGGGAAAUGCCUUUUUUCAUAUUGACUUUGUCUAUUAAAUAAUGAGUUUGUGCUGAAUUAGCCAUGGGGUUUUCUUUUCCUAGCAGUCAGGCUCCUCUGGGCUGUGUUUGUCUUCUCAGGAGCCCUCAGCUCAAAGGAGAGCUGCCCACAGGGUGCUCCCAGCACUGCACAGGGGGCACGGAAUCCCAUCCCCUCCCCAGCCCCAGGACCAUCUCCAUUCCCCCACAACUCCUAGCAUAGUGGUGAAACAGAGGCGUGCUUCAUCCCACACUGAAACAAGGCACAUAGGGCUGCCAGCUCCUUUGUGAUCCUUUGGAUGGAGCCUCUCACAAGGCUGUGCCAUCUCUCUCCUCCAAAUACAACCACAGAAUCACUGAGGUUGGAGAAGACCUCAAAGACCACCAAGUCCAGCUGACAUGGGGAACUCUUGGUGAACGCACUGGGAUAGAGGGUGGAGGAGACGGCACAACCCUGAACAUCCCUCUAAGACUCCACUUGCUGCUGCCUGUCCCAUGCCACCAGUGUCACUUGCCUGCUGUAUUUCAGCCAAGAGCCCAUCCCUAUGCUCUUCCCCAUGCCAGCCCCGCAGGCUUGGCACAGCCCUCUGCCAUCGUCUCCCUGCUGAGCUCAUUCUCUCCUCUGAGGACACAUGGGCCAAAUCCCCACCCCAACGCAUAAACCUUCCUGAUGUUCCACUGCCAGCUCAAGAUCAUCAUGGCGAAAACAGAAUGUCCCCUGCAAGUCCUCUCCACCCUGCGUCAUGGGUAACGCCAUGAUUUUUCUCAUUCCUCACCAACUUCACCACCAUCUCUAUUCCUUCCCUCUUCUGAAAAACCCUCCCUAUGUGUAUGACAAUACACAUUCAGUCUCAGCUGCUCCCUCCUUCCUGGGCUUCACAUUUGCCACCUCCUUGUACUCCAGGCUGAGCAGGACAUGGCCUAGCUUGCAGGCAGAGCUCCUAUUUCUCAUCCAGCUGCCACAUCACCUCAAUGCCCUUUGCUGGCUGUGAACACAUCCCUCCCUCCCAGCAAUCUCAUUCUCCCUCCCCAGUACACUCAGCCACUCUGCUGCCCUCCUCACAAAGUAAUGCGUUUACAAACAUCAGCUCUAGGGAAGGCAGGUGAUGGAGGGAGACAGGGGACACAAGAGGGUCAGACCAGAGAGGAAAGAUGCUUUUCUCCCUGCAUGAGCAGACAGAAGAAGAGACCUCCUUGCAGCUGUCUAUCAUAAAGGAUAGAUCUGGUCCAACAGAGAAGCACUCACACUGGGGAAAGCACUGCUCAGAUGUGCAGCACAGCACUGCAGGAUGCCCAGCGGAGCGGAGCUUUGACAGCAGCACGAUCCCCAGGCAGCAGGAGGGAGCCCGGCCAGCGUUCCUCAGAGAGGCCUCCCACCCCUGCCUGCCAAAAUCCUGCCUUAAGUACAGGAAAAUAAAUUGUGCAACCUGCCUUAGGCUGGAUUGUAACACCCCGUGGAGACUGAGCAGGAGGAAGAGACUGGAGCAGAGCACCGCAUCCCUCUGGCAUCCAGCACCAGGCCCUGCGGACAUCAUGAUGGAUCACACAGCAGGGAGCCCUCCUACCAGGUCCUCACCUGUGUGACUUGGCAAGAAAAUCCUUCCCAGAUCCGACCAUUAACACUUGAGGUUGGCAGUUGAUGAUCUUUUCGGUCCCUUUGUUCUCAUGGCUCUGUCCAGGCUGCUGCAGGGUAAUCUCCAUUCUUUCUGAUGUCUCCUGGGGAAUUUGCUUCAUGGGAAAGUGAGAAACAGGCACCCCAAGCUGGGGGCUGAAGUGGGACCCAGCACACCUGAAUGGGUCAUGGCUGGGCUGCGUGCUCCAAGCAGAGAGGAAGGGCUGGAGAGCCCAGCUGCUCUCUGUUCCAAGAAGAACAUCCCAUGGUUUCAGUCUCAAGACAUCUGAGUCUUUACAAGACAAGUGAGAACCAUUCCAGCAGGGGCGAGUAAGGAAGGGGUUGGAAGAUGCAGUGUCCUGUCUCUUCAGAUGAUCCAGGCUCUAAGAGCUGCGUGGCAGCCAGACACUGCGGAGCGUCAGAUCACUGCCUCCAGCCCUUUCCAAACAAAGCAAGGUUGCAAAGUCAGCAGCCAGCCAGUUAGAGAACUUCCAUUCACCUAUGACUACUGGAGUACAGACCAGGCACCAGAACCAGGGUGGCCACCUAAUAAGUCCAAGCAUUGCCUUGCUGGUCAAGAAACAAGAGAAGCACGAUCUGCUCUCACUACGUGUCAAGGAAAAGUGCCAUGACCCAGAAAGGAAUGAAACACAACCAAAGAGCAACCACAACUUCCCUCUCAUCAAUGGUUUCCACCAAAGAAAACCAAAAGAUGGGGCAUCUGACAACACACGCAGUUCCCAGCCUCAAAACCUCAGCUAUUCUGACAGGCAGAAACUUGGUGCAUGGAAGUUUAUCAAUGAGUGUCUCUUGAAUCCAAGAAAUACAAAAUUUAAAAAGGAUUUUUAAAAGACUGGAAAAGACAUUCCAGGAACCCUGUUGUACUGCAAAAAGUUGCAUGCUGAGCUACUGUGUGAGAAGGAAGAUGUGCAGAAAAUUAAAUGCGGCAGGAUUAUAGAUGUCCUCGAACUCAAAAUUUGGCUAUAAAACAAGAUGUCCAAAGAAAACAUAAAAAACAUCUUCAGAGCAGUGCUGGGGUGAGGGCACUGUGUUUUGUAUGGGGAAGGGAGGGGAGGGCAGGGGAGAGGAGGGAGAAAAAUAGCAUGGACAAGGGACCAAUGGGACAAAAGUAGGAAGAAUACACACAGCCACCACACAACAGGAAGAUGCACGUGCUCAAGAGGACUGGGAUGAGAUAAAUAGGACCUCCUCCAUAAAAAAUGAGCUUUGAGAUGAAUACAGAGAAAGGUAGAGCAGUCACAAUGAAACAGCAGCAGUGGAAGCCAUGCAGAUAUCUCACUCGGGACUUGGCUUGGUGGCAGUGCUCUGCUUUCUGUAGCCAGCUAGAAAAUCUGCGGUCAUUUUAUUUCCACCAAGAAACCCAGAACAUCUGGGAGGGCCUCAGAGCUGAAUUAGAUGCAAAAUAAAUCAGUUGUCUUUUUUCCCUCAAUAAAGUCACCUUGCCAUCUCAAUUUUGCACCUGCCGCAGCCAGGAAAAGUCACACUGAUAAAAAAGCUGGGAUGAUGGUGGUGCACCUCGGAGCCCUCAUCUGGGCUGCCUGCAGAUUUGGGAAGGCAAUGCAUCAGUGAUGCUCUGCUCUUGAACCUUUUACUUUUUCUCAGUUAAAAAAAGGUUGGUGCACACUGUUGUACCUGCAAAGCACACAGAGGUUUGUACACAACCCUGGGCUCCUUGGCCAGACUGAAGGCACUGAUCCUAACCCUUGCCAAGCUUCUCAGCCAACAUGAGCAAAAGACCUACCAGACCUGAGAAAACAGCCCAGGCAAAGCUGAGCUCCUGGUGAGGGCUGAUGCCUGAAGAACAGAGGUCGUGAAAGCGAAGGGAAGGAUCUCAGCAUUGGUCAGUGGUGGUUGUUUCACAGGUCACCCCAGCACGGCAGCCAUUUCCAGCAGUGUUCUCACAUACAAGAACACACUGCAGAUGUUUUCCCAGCCAAACUCAGCUCAGGAGGGUCUGCUCUGCACCCUGACAUAGCAGAGGCCCUGAGCUUAAUUCUGAAAGUGCAAUAAAAAUCCCCUCCAAUAAACAAAUUCACAGUGGUCCUCUCAAUGCCAACCUCUUUGUUUUUCCUUUGCAGCAACCAAUGGGGAAGCCACCUCGAGCUGUUUUUCCCCAUCCUAUUUCUGUCUCCAUCUCCCAUUUCCUUCUAUCCAAUAUUACCUUCCAAAUUCCAGCUCUGAUCCUCGGAUAAUUCGAACAUAUUGCAUUGCUUUAAGAACUGUGUUAUUUUAUCCCUUUCACCUGCCACUUUUCUUUUAGAUAAACACUCAUAACUCCCAACAUAUCACUUUAACUCUUUGACUGUCACUGGAAAUGGAACCAGCUGAGAUUUUCACAGGGGAAAUUCUUUCCUUUCCUUUUCUUCUGGGCUUUGUGCAUUAAGCCAAGCAAAAUCUCACCUGCCUUAGCAUUAUCUUCAUAUCAUUUUACUUAAGCUCUGCCUAAUAAUUUCACCAACUUCUGGGGUUAUUGUAACUGUUCAGAUUGGAUUCAGGGCGUAAAGCUGUCUUAAUCACAGCCUCUCAUUGAGGGCUACUUAUUUCUCUAACGCUUCCUGCCCCAGCUAUCACCUCGCAGGAUUGGCCUUCUGCAUGAGCACAGCAUCCUGGGCUCAGAUGCAGACACACUCCCAGCAGAGCAUGGAGCUUACACUCAUCAUGCCAAUUCUCCAUCCAAAUGCAAUAGGCAAGGACAGCACCGAGAGCAGGAACUGAGCAACCUGAUCCCAAAUGAAACGUUCCUGGCACUCUUUCCAUAUCUCCAGCCCUGCCUUGCUCUCACAGUGAGCUGCUCCAGCAUUAUCUCUUGCACAUCAGUGGUGUCCUGGUCAACCAGAAGCAACUCAUAAUGGUGCAUGGGGGAAAAGUUGCAAGCUAGAAAUUCCUUUUUCUCUCUCAAAAAAAAAUCAAUUCACUCACCAUCUUCACAUCCAUCACCCAAAAGAUCCCCACUCCACCCCUGGGCAUGGCUGUAUGCCCUAUUUAGGAUCCAAAUCCACCUCCUGCCAUCACAGUCCUUCAAAACAGCUGAUCCCCUCAGCUGGAAGCACCUAAAUAUCUGCUCUUUCCCCAGAUUUCUUCCUUCAGGACACUGGAACUGAAGGAGAGUCUGUUUGCUAAGUCAGGAGUUUUGCAGGGCCAUCAGCCACUCUGCACACUCUCUGCAUGAGUCCAUAGCUGCCAGCAGCCUUCCAGGCAUGCUAUGAGGUGAUCAACACCAAACAUCAUCCUGCUGCACCAACACUGAGUCCUACUGAACAUCCCACCAGUGGGACCAGGUGGAUCAAAGCUCAGCACCUGAUGCAAUUUAGAAGCAUCUGGCUGUCAGAGGGUACCCUACAGCCCUCCGAAAGCAACUGCUGGCUCCCUUGCCAUGUGCCUCAGCAGCAUGAGCUAGCAGGGCUGUUGAGAUCCACCCACUUAACCCUGGGUCACCACUGAUCUUGUGUCGCAAUGUCUCUCCCUGAGUCAUCCGUUUCCUCCCAGUGACAGAAAUGGCCUCAAAAGUUUGCACAGAUGGUGCUUAAUCCCAGUUUGGACAAUGGGAGUUUGGGCUUUAAAUGACAAUUUCUAACCAAGAGCAAGGGGGAGGGAGGGAGGCAGUGGGGGGUGGGAGAGGACAAAGGAGAUGGACACAGCCUGCUUUAGUCCACAGAGGCUCAAAGCAAGUCAACAGAGUGAAGACCAAGCUCUUAAUGUCCCCACAGGGACCUCUGCCUGCCCAGGGCUUUCUGUCCUUGGCCUCUCCCUACACAUCCCUGAGGUGGAUGCCAUAGUUGAGGAAAGAUGCUGGGGUGGCUGAUGCCCCUUCCCAGACCCAUUCCAAGGGCACGAUCACAUACAGCAGUUCCUCCAAGUCCUGUCCAGCUCUGGGAAAGGACAUCCUUCAACAUCCUCCUUCCAUCCUAAGGAUGGAGAGCUGAUACCUGCUGUCUAUUUAUCCUCCAUGAAGGGCGAUGACACAGAACGAUGUUGAGGCUGGAUGGCAAAAGGAAGCACCAUCCUACAGAACGUACCCAUGACUGAAGGUCUCCGAAACGCCCAACAUAACACAUGGAGGGGAUGACUCCAAGGCCUUUCCUCUCCUGUCUGUGCACAGCUGGACUCAUGGAAGACAGAAAUAAGAGCCCUUUUGUGUCACUACCCCAUGCCCGAAGCUUCAGCAGGACAGGGUACAAUGAGGCGACAGGCACAGAGGCAGGUCUGCCCUUGUUUGUGCAAGCAGACGCCCUUCUGCAGGGCAAAAAUCCUCCUCUUUCACCCCUCAUCCUUCACAACCCCUUAUCCAAGUCAGAGCACAGGGGUUUAUAGGCAGGCAUGAGAGCCUGAGGAUGGGGCAGGAAGAUGGGACAGGCAGCGGGGGAAGCAUCCCAGCAGGAGCUGCAUAGGGGAAGAGCUUCAUCCUGGAGAGCAUGGAGGGCUGCUAGGACAAGAGACAAACACCAUUCAGGGUGACGCAGGGCUGCCAUCAACCUCCUGGUGCUGCUUUCCUGCUUCUUCCCUCCCAGAUCCCUCUCUCUAACCUAAAGGAGAUGGCACAGCAUCACACGUCCAUCCCAGUUCUCGGGCAGUGCUGGAUCCGGGCUAGGAAACCUCCGCUCCCUGCAGGUUCAGCGGGGCUGACACCAGCAGGAGUGUUAGAGAGCAGUGGGGUCUCAGGAGGUCUGAGCAAAGCAGAGCAGUGACAGCCCCUCCCCAGGCCGUGCUCGCUGUCCCCAUCGCAUGUUCACAUCCAUUCAACAGAGCCCCGCACUUCAGAAGCAAUUAGCAGCCGAGUUGAACUAAUUCCCCGCGUGGCGGGUCCAACACAAACAGCGCGUGCUGGCCUGCGCCCCACACCUCCGUGCACAUUCACUGCUGUGUUUUAGAGGGCCGGGGCAUCCCUGCCAAGAGCAACACAAAUAACCCGCUGCUCCUCCAGGUUAAGAGGCAGCCCCGGAGGCCUGGAGUUUGGUGGCCAGGCCGCUCGCGCUGCCUCCGGCUCCACAGCCAGCAGAAAGGCAGCCUCUGUUAGCAGCCCGGGUCAGAAUGGAGUCAGGCAACAAGAGCUCGAGUAUUCCCCACUCAUCCCUAGGGAUUGGGAGGGAAGGGGCUGGGCAGCCAGGGAGUCCCUCACUGUGGCCCCCACGGAGCAGCGCUUCGGGGGUGAGUGAGAUGGAGUGGAGAAGGCACUUGCAAACAGCACCUGCGGGGUGUUUGUCGGCCCUGUGCAGGCACGGCUGAGACUCCAGCAGCUGAAAUAACAACGGGGGGAACGCUGCCGAGCCCCCUUGCCUCAGCGUUGGUCCUGCUGCCAGGCUUAGGCACUGCUGGGAUGUGGGGCAGUGAGUCACCACACUGUCCCAAGGUUCACUCUGUCCUACCUGGAGCCAUGGACGUUCCUGGGCUCGGUGACAGUCCCCAGCAGGGUUUUGGGAGUCGCCCAAUAGCUCCUGCUCCUGUCUGUAGCUCGUGAUGCUGCAGAGCUGCCUGUCUCUCCUGAAAUGCGUUGUGAUUUUGAGGGCAAAAAGUUAGCAGGGUUCAAAUCACCCCGUGUCCUCCAAAGCACAGGUAUGUUUAAUACCUGACCCUAUUUUAUAGGAUCUCUGCACCGAGGCACAGCCCAGCCCAGGGCCACGCAGCUUUCACUCCUGAGAUCCCUCACAGCAAACCCAGCAGCAGCAGUAGCUGCAAAUAGCAGUGUGAGGGAAAGGGACUCCCACCUAGCAGGAGGGCCAUGCACAAGCACUGCCAGCACCCACAUACCAAGGAUAUAGGGCCAAAGCAGGAGGUGGUCUACAGGGCAAGCUGUGCUCAGGCUCCAAGAAGAAAUAGCAGGACCAUGAAGGGACCCAGGAUCAGGCUGAUUUCCAGUUCCUCACUACUCCAGUACACAUGGCCACUUGUCCCCCACCCAUCAACUAAGCCACGAUGCAGGCAGGAUUGUGCCAGGGGCAUCCACUGCGACAGAGCAGAUGAGCGUUGCUUCAGCAAACAUCAGCCUCACACACCCCCCUAACACACAGAGCCAGGGACAAACCUCUGCCUCCAUAGGACCACUUGACACACACUCAGACUUCUUGCCUGCCUUCCCAAGACCUGUUGCAACACAGAGCCAGAGAUCUUCUCCAGCAGAGCAAUGCUUGGCUCCAGAUGCAUUCUCACACCUGUGUGUGUCCAGGAAACUCAGCCUGCUGCACCAUGCAGGUGAUGGAGAGGUCCUGAGGUCAAGCCAUUAAGCCUGCUAUCUGUUUAAGCCCUUAAUCUGUUCUGUGAUCCCUAUGCACUAUGCAGGAGCCUGAUGGGAAGGAAGAGAGGCUUGCAGCGAGUGAAGCCAUGUGCCUAGGAAUCAAGGCACUCUGAUAAUGCCAAAUGAUGCUAAGGAUGGGGGGAGCUGCAGGAAGGAAGCAGAGAACCUGUUGUUGCAGUAGCAUCACAACAGACACAAGGCUAUGCCUGUGCUUUCAAACCAGCUUUCGGGAGAGAAAUGGGCAAGGAGUGAGCUGGCAAGCAAAGGUAGAAAGUUCAGAGGCUUUUUGGACAGGAUGGUGUCAAAGUCCAACAGACCCAGCUGCACAUCAGAGCCCUGGUUCUUCGAGCUGCUCCCCGAAAUCAAAGUACACUGACACAGCCCUGCCUAAACUAGCAUGCUGGUUCUGAGAUGUUCCCAUGGGACAUCAGAACCAACAGGAGCUCCUCCAGUGGGGUUGUUUUCAUGCUCCCCUCUUAUCAGUCCCCAUCCCCCAAGACCUCAAGCCUCGGUGUUAGACUUUGAAUACAGGCACCACUUAAGUUUUGCCAAUGUGAAAGAAUGCUGCCAAACAGCUCGGGUGCCCCAAAAGGACUCCUGAUCCCCCCAACUUUCCUUGUGUGCCUGGAGGUCAAACCACUGAGCAAGAAGAGGUCUGGUACCCAGCACCCUUCAACACGUGGGACCUCCCCUGCAAACUGAUGCAGAAUCAGGGGGAUAAAACAGUUAUAGCUCUCAGGCAUCACUAUCUAUAUGCUCCCCCCACCCCAAAGGAGAAGUACCUGAUGAGGUUCAACAUGGAUGAAUGUACAGUCCCAUACCCUGGGGAGGAACAAUUGUAUGCAUCAGUGCAGGUUGGGGUCUGCGCAGCUGGAGAGGAGCUCUGCAGAGAGGGGCCUGGGUGUCCUGGUGGCCAACAGGGUGACCACAAGCCAGCAGUGUGCCCUGGUGGCCAGGAAUGCCAGUAGGACCCCCGUGUGCAUGGCACAGAGCGUGGCCUGUAGAACGAGGGAGGUUCUCCUCCCAUCUGCUCUGCACUGGGGAGGCCACAUCCAGAGCACUGGGCCACCCAGUUGAAGGCAGGCAGGGAGCUGCUGGGGAGAGCCCAGGAGGGCUACAGAGAGAUCGGGGCCUGGAGCAUCUCCUGUGUGAGGAAAGGCUGAGAGCCCUGGGGCUGUUCAGUGUGGGGGGGAGAAGGCUGAGAGGGAUCUGAGCAACACUUAGAAAUGUCUGCAGGGUGGGAGGCGAGCGGAUGGGGCCAGGCUCUUUUUGGUGGUGCCCAGAGACAGGACGAGGGGCAAUGGGCACAAACUGAAACCCAGAAAUUCAGUUUGAACAGGAGAAAAAACAUCCUUUCUUUGAAGGUGGCAGAGCCCUGGAACAGACUACCCAAAGAAGUGGGGGAGUCUCCUCUGGAGAUACUCACAACCUCCCUGCUCUGCUUCCCCAGACCCCACUGCUCCAUCACUGGGUGUUGGGAAGUACAGGCUGAACCCAGACACACUGCCCCAAGCAGCAGAGCAGGCACAUCCCUCAUCUGCUCUCUGCUGUAGGCUGACUCCCAUGCACAACAUCCACAGCAGACUGUGGGCAAUACCCUCCUCUUUAAAUACCACAAAAAAUAAACUGACUCUUUUCCAGAGCUACAGGCCACCAGAUAACAGAGCUAACUCGGUUAUCUCCAGCAAGCAAACCUACAAUCUCCUAAGAGAAUGAAUUCAGGCUUGUUAGACAGAACAAUUGUUCUCACACUCAAAUUGCUGUUGGUUGCAGGACAGAAGAGGGGCCAGAAACUGGAGAUGCUUUAUUGUCUGUGUGGGCUGGUUAAAAACCAUAUGACAGAUUAACCCAGGCUGGAGCCACGCCAGAAUGGAACGAGACAGGAGCAGCGUAGGGACCACGGGGCAGGCACUUAACAGGAGUGAGGUCAAGGCAGGAGUCAAAACACAGGUGCUCCUCUGCAAAUCCCCAGCAGAGGCAAAGCAACAGGACAGGCACCGUGACACAGGACCCUGAGGAAAGAGAUGGGCAGAAAGCAGAUCUCCACUGCACCACAAUAAAGCAUUACUGCAAUCAUAGUUAAUUUAGCAUUUUUUGGCUCUACGCAUGCCCCCCUGGCCCUGUGGAUGCAUCCAGGGUCUCAAAUCCUUCCCCCAGGCAGAGUUAGGUGUGCAUCCAAAGCAUUCAUUCAUCUCAGAGCUGGAACGCUGCAGCACUGGAGCCAGCAGACAGGCAGCCCCAGGGCAAACCAUCCUCCAGACAGGGGCCAGGAGCAGGAUGGGCUCGAACAGGGCAUGGGGUCAAAGCUCACAUUUCCAGAAUCCCCUGAGCAACACAGUCCUGCCUCCAAAAGCAGUACUGCUUUACAGGCACAGCAGCAUGCUCUGCUCAGGAUUUUUAAAGAUAUUUUAGUCUUCAAAUAUACAAACUGAAGUCUGGAGGGGUUCUCAAAGGCAGCUCUUUGGGCGACCCAAGUAUCUGCAUCCAUCAAGCUCCUCAGUUACUUUAGCAUUUUGAAUGCUGCAGUGGCAGAGAAAUUCCCAGGUUCCCCAGACAAAUGUUGUUCAGGAGCAGCAGUUUGGAGGAAGCAGCAGUUCUUCUGCACACAUCAGCCUGGCAGAUCCAAGCUCCCUUCCUUUCAGGAAGCACAAGAUGCUCCAUGUGCUUUGCUGAACCAUCAGAAGUCCCAGCUUGCAUGAGGGAAAGACGCUGCCCAAGUCUCCAAGGUCAUGAAAAGCCCCAGAAACUGAACCUGGGAAGAAGCAUCAUUCUGGCAGCACUGCCCUUGCAGGCACAAGCUCAUCCCAUCUGAUUUCACCACAUCCAACCAGGGAAAGAAUGAAGGCUGAGAUGCUGGCAGAGCAGCACUCAGCAUACGUCAAAAGGAAUGGGUGCUUGGGCAGCAUCAGAGGGUGAAAAGAAGCACCUGGGAGGGACUUGGUGCUUUCUGCCCACUCUCCUGUCCCCAUGCAGGAAUUACCCCAUGAGACACAGUUUCAGGAUACAAAAAGCAGGCAGAUGAGCUCCCCAGCAUCCUGGGAGAUGAGAAAACCCAGAGCACAGGGGAAACAAAUUCCCACAUUAAACCCCCUCGCUUCUCUCCUCUUCUUCCUGAUCUUUCUGAACCAGGGCCGGGUUCAGCUGGAAGAAGCCAAAACCAACAGAGCCUGGGCUGCUCCCUGCAGUCCAGCAGCAGCCUGAGCCCAGCUGGACGCUGCUAAUGCAGGCGCACGCUGUUGACGGCGGAGCCCCGGCACAGUUGUAAACAGCUCAGCAGUUUGUACACUCUCCAGUAUUGAUGUUAUACAAAGGAGCUGGAAAUGUAAAUGAUUGCACUAGACCUACAGCCGGUGGCUGCUGGUACAGACCGCCCCCAGGAAAAAAAAGAAAAAAACAUGCAGCCCGCUUCUUGGCACCGCAAACAGGGCCUGGCCCUGGCCAGGAGCAGAGGAACAAACCUUUUACGUGUUUGCCAUCUAGCGGCUUGGGAAAGCCUGCACAGAGGCAUUGUCCUGCAGCACAAAACUCCACCAGGUACAGGACUGGCACACAGUCACAGAAUGGUUGGCCUGAAAGGGGCCUUAAAGCCCAUCCCAUUCCAAGCCCUGCCCUGGCUGCCCCGGGCUCCAUCCACCUCCAGGGAGAGGGCAUCAUCAGACAGCCUGUGCCAAGACCUCCCAAGAUCUCAUUUAAAUCUCCCCUUCUAGUUUAAAACCAUCCCUCCUCCCCUCUCCUACUACUAUCAGAUCAUGAAGUCAGUCUUGUUCAGUCACCAUUCAUCCCACUGCUGUUUAGCAAAGGAGUGAAGACAAGGGCGUUGGAUCAGGAUGCAACUUCAGCUCCUGAGAUAAAACGUCUUGGCAGAAUACCCAUCAGGGUGAGGGGGUUGUACCUACGUGCCUGAACACCCACCCCAGGACAGCUGAAGAGGCCACAUUCAGUAAAGGAAGGAUGCCACCUGCAUUACAUCUGCUUUGCCUGCUUGCAGAAGAGACCAAAUAGUAAGAAUAAUAUUUUCUAUUUUUUCAGUCGUCCGUUUCAAAGGAAAUGGCUUUAACAUUUCCACAGCGUUCCCAGCCAGCUUGGCUGCUAGCUCAGUUCAUGAUCAUUUGGGCUGUACGGGCCUAUGUGGGUCUGCUGCCUCAGAACCCAACUGCAGUGUCUUUGUUAAAAAAAAAAAAAAAGGGGGGGGGACUAAGAGGACAAAAAGGAAAGAAAGAAUAACAUAUGAUACUAUGUAAUAGCACUAACAAGUAAACUGUUCUAAUUUUUACUGAAGUAAUAAUUCCGAAGGAGGAAAAACAAAGUUUGUACAGCUGUAGUUAAGGUUGAGCAAACAUAACACUAAUCACUUUUGCCUCACCUCUUGGAAAAGGCUCUAGAACAGUGCUGGAAUCUGAAAAGGGAAAGAAAAAAACCCACAAACCAUAAAGUACCAAGUCCCAGCCUCUGGGAAAGUUCUGGCAAGCUGGUGCUGCUUCAGCCCCACCGAGGGAGGGAUUGCUUGUGGCCAAAUCUCCUGCCACUAAUUGCUGGCCCCUCAUGGCACUGCUCCUGGACAGGGCAGCAGCAGGUGCCUCACUAUGUAAGGGAGCACUCAGGAGGCAGCUCAAGAGAACAAGGAACAAAACUGGGCCACGGGGAAGAGCAGAGAGGAAAGCUGUGUGGGGAAGAAGGAAAGAAAGCAAUCAGACACACAACAGGCAGAAGGAAGGGGUUAAAGGUACCACAGAGAAAAGGGUCAGGAUAUAUAGGGAAGGCAAAGAGGCAAGCAAGACAUGGAAGACGACUGCCAGUAGAAAAUCAGCAGGAACCUUCCACUCAUCUCCUCUGGAUUCCCAGGGAUGACCUGUGAGAGCACAGGGCUUGUGUGGGACAUUGCAACAGGGACACACUCUUUAGAACACCAGGCUGGUCUUAAACUGCUCCUUUCAGGUCAUCAAAACUUGGCUAGUAAUCUGUAAGGAACAGGGAUAAGCAUUCAUAGAGGAGAAGGGGAAACCUCACUCAACUGUAGAACCCCACAGCUGACCCAGACAUGAGAACCCUGGAAUUUUCCCAUGGGCUCUGCUGAUGUCAGGGCCAGGCUCAUAGCAUCUCACUCAGACCUCACUGCCUUUAGUCCCUUUCAGCCUCACCCACAGCUCCAGCAGCCACCACCCUGCACUCAACAGAAGCACAACAAAGCAGGAAACCUCUGUCCCAGAAGCUGGACUGGGUCCCAGGAAAAGCUGCAAUAAAGAGAGGAAUAACAGUGCUGUCGCUGACAGGAUGGUGAGGGGAGUUACAAGGGCCCCCAGGACCCGUGGACCAAACCAAGCAGCAGUGAGAAAUUCCAGAUUAUUUCUUACAGCCGACUCCAUCCUCAUGCGUUCUCCUGCUGUGAAGUAGGUGACAAAUUACCAUCUUUGUUAUUCAAGCACAUACCAAAUCAGGGUGAUCAGUAUUUGUCAAAUAAAGGAAGAAAAAAAUACAUUGUGCAAAACAUUUCCAAGUUUAUUUUAACAGGGCUUUAAAAAUCAGUCAGUGCCAGGUUCAUAAGCACCUCUUGGGAAAAUUGGCCCUGGUUUGCCAUAAGAGACUUAUUUUUCUUCAUCUUUAUUUCCCCCUUUUCCUUAACUGAAAGGAAAUAAAGCCUGCUGCCUCCAGGAGCGCAUCAGUAUGGAUGCCAGCCCAGCAGAGGACAAAUAUUAAGCAGCAAACGUCAAAUCCCUGCCUGGGGAUGGAAGUCAAUAUACCAGCUACUUGAUCCUGCAGCAACAACAGGUUUGUCUUUGCCUCACCCUGCACCAGCUCCCCAGAUGCUGGUUGUAACCUCAGUGCUCUCAAAAAGGGAGGCUCACAGCAGCCCUUUGAAAGCUUCACACCUGCUGGGAAAUCUGACCCGUAUCUUCCCCAGGGGUCAGGCAUACCCAAAGCACACAUGGACAGCAGCCCAGAUCUGUCUGCCUUGGAUGAACACCCAGCUUUCCUGUGCUGGCUAAAUGAGGUAGCAUUUUCUCAGCCAUUGGCACAAACCAGCUCUUCCUCUUGCAAGAAAGCCUCCAAAAUUUCAGUGACCAGAAUCCUUGCAGAAGCACUAUGGCAUCAGAAAACACAUCUCUUACUUGAGGUCAUCCAGCUCCAGGCAAAAAUUGGAGCAGCUUUAUUUGUAUGAAUGCACACGUACUCCUCUCCCUACCUGCCAUGGGAAAAGACAUGGGACCCCCAGGGCACACAAGGAAUAGGGAACACAGCCCAGGGAGCAGAUGUGGGAUCUCUCUUGUGACUGAAAUGUGCUGGAGACUUGGGAAAGCAUCACCCCCCAUCCUUGCAGUGACGAGAGGAGCACCAGCUGUGAGGUCUCUGAAAUGAAGCUGCAGUGGAACCACAGUGCUGCCUGCCAGGGAGCACAGCUGGCAGCUCCAUCACACACACAGUUGGCAGAAUGGAUCUGUCACCUUGAGGAUGACAGGACAAUGUGAAGGAAGGAGCUGACUGUGCUUGCCAGCCAGGAAUGAGGUAUAUGAAAUGCUCCUCGAAGGUUAAAGCAGUCACUUACCUUGCUGAAAGACACCAGUUCUCAAGCCUCACAUGAAGGCGCUCCUUGUGAUCUUCCAGACAUCACUUGGUGUUUGUUUUACCUGUGUCAGCCCCACUGUGUCCAUGGCAGCAUUUAAAAUGAAUCACUUCUCACACUAUACUGACUCUUUUGAUUUCAAGAAGGUACACAGCCCAGAACUGGGACAGGCAGGUGAAAGGCCAGGCAAACAACUCUUCCAGAAGUCAUGAAGUAGAUCAUCCUUUGUGGAGCUCUGCAUGCUUGCAGCGUUGGCAUUUCAAGUUCCCCCUAGGUGCUUAGGUGGCCAAUGGUAUAGGGAGGGAAGAAGGAGAUCUGGGAAGCAAAUGACCCAAACUAAGACUGGCCACAGCGAAUGGGUGUAGAACUUUUUUUUUGAAGGUUUUUUUUUUUUUGAAGUUUUUUGAAGUUGAGGAAAAGAGAACCAACUUCAAACCAGCAGAGCACCACAAAGGGAGGAGCCAGACAGCUACACACUGCUGCUGCUACAGUACUUGGCAAGUGAACCACGCCACCCACCUGAUGCUCUCCAAAACAUUCAUGAAGAAUCAAAGGCUGCAAGUUUCUCCUGGACAAGCUCCUCCUUUCUGUAACUGCACAGCUGGGAGCAAAGGGAGGUUGCAUCUCUCUGAAUGACAACACAUCCUAAGCUCUAGGUGUCAAGCUUAAUUCAAGAAAGACACAGAGUACCCUGCCUGUAGCCAGCAGAGCCCACGUUUCCAGGGCUGUAAAUCAGAUCAAGUAACCCUUCCAUGAGUGUGUGUGUGUGUGACAGAAACACUUUCCCUUCCAUCAUACAAUUACAUAUACAUAUUACUUCACAGGCUGAUGUCCUUCUACACAGUGAGUGAUGGCAGAUCAUUAAUAUUCUGGAUCUGUACAGAAACCUCUUAUUAUCCAGAAAAAAGCAAUCGAUUUCAGUGACUGUACCAGCAUCAAUGCUCGUGACUCCUCUACUAGAGGGUGCCUCCAGAUGUCACCCAUCUCCAUACAGUCUAUCCCAAGUAACUGCUAUGAGGAAAAUCCCACCCCUCAGACGCCCCAAUAGGCAAGCUCACCUCUAAGCAGAGCCCAGAAGGUGCUGCUGUAAGCCCUUCACCCCACAUGUCCUAUCUUCCUACACCUCACCCAGCCAUCCCCACACAGAACACCAAGCUCUGUGGCUCUUCAGCUGCUUCAUUCAGCCCCACAUCAGGCUCUACCAACGACCCACACAAUCCAGGAGCACUGCAGGCCAUGCAGGAGGGAUGCCCACCACAUCCCACUCUGUCAGCUGCUGCGGGUACAGCUCAGCCCCAGAAGCUGCUGGGCCUGGUGCAGGCAGCACUGGGCCCAACACUGCAGCAGUUCUUACAAGUGGCUGACAUCUUCUCACAGGCUGAUCUUUCACUUCAUUCAGUCCAAAACCACCAGAGGGCAGCUUGGAAUGUAACUAUUUGUGGGCUGGGAGCAUUAAAUACUUCACUUCCUAGCACUGAAAUCUUGUUUGCCCAGCUACUACUCCAAAGUAACUCAAAACACAUCCCCCUGCACAUCAUCUGUCCCUUUAGAUGGCUCUGGGUGGGGUAAGCAGAGCAAUAACAGCUCAGGGAAGUCUACGCUCUGCUGCAAAGCAAUCCCAGUGACCUGCCAGCACCCUGGGCUCUAUCUAUUUGUUGCUUAGCAGUGAGGCUCUCCCUCAAAACAAUUCAGGCCAAAGAGCUCUCCUUGGGGAAAGAAAUACUUUGCUAGUUUCCAGGAGCCACCAGAUAAGGAGUGAGCAAACACAAAGCUGAGAAGCAGGCAGAGGGUACCAACAUCAGCCUGGGCCUAAAGAUAAUAAGUCUAUAUUUAAGAGUUAAAAUAAGAAGUUUGCCAACAGCAUUAGGAGUGUCACUUCCCUGCCCCCUAUCCAAGCAUUCUUUGUAUGGGCUAAAGGUAUUUUCUAAUCCAGGCUUUUUAUCCAGGUCCAAGCACGUAAGGUUUCUUUCUAUCUUAACCUUGCUACAGCAAGCAGGUGUUGGCCUGCUUGCAUCAGCCUGCAGAGCAAGAGAGGAAGGCUUGGACUUGCCAGCAUGUUUAUGACUGGGCAGCAGGAUCUCCAGUUAAGAUAACCUGUCUGCUAAGCUCCAGCUCAUGCCCCGUUACCAGCUUCUUGCACAACCCUGGACAAGUUAUUCAGGCAGGAUCUCACAGGAGUCACAGCCAACCAGCAGAUCCCUGAUUUCCCAGCCUGAGUUUCAGGAACUGAUUCAGCUCACAAAAGGACAGAUCACAACAGGAACUGAGGUAACAAACAAUCACCAGGAGAAGACACCUUUAUCCUUUUGCUAGCUAGAACUAAUUUAUUCUCAACUUAACUACUUCUGGAUUCUUCUUCACAGUUUGUUUUUUUUUUUUACAUAGUACUUUCCUCUUAUGUUCUUGAUCCCCUCUAAGCAACUUCUAAGUCCCUAACAGGAAAGUAUCCAGGCACCCAGGGGCUCAGACCAGGGGCUGAAGAGGAGCACCAGUGAGGAAUGCUUCUCUGAGGAAGUAGAGCAUGGGUGGGAGGGGAAAGCAAAGCAGCACACCUCCCCAGCACAGGACCCCAGAAGCAGCCCACGUGACAUAUCUGCACAGUGAGAAGCUCAUUAGAACAAGUUAAGGCAACAGGAAGGCUGGGUCAGGGGCAAUGCUGACACAACAGCUCUCUCAAUUCCCACUCACAGGCUGUUUUUAAAAGGAGGCAGCUGCUACCAGCUGCAAAAUGAGACCAAGAUGGUGGCCAAGUAACAGGACAUUGCUGUCUCUUGGGAACGUGCCAAAAAUCAGUCUGUUUUUAGCUGUGUCUACAGGAGCAAAUGGCAGAGACACGAAGAGCAGAUUUGCCAAGUGAAACCAUACCCAACAGUAACACCAGGCUUUUUCCAGGGGCCCUACAAGCCAACUCCAGCCAGGUCCCACAGACACAAACCCCAUAAGCUGCUAAAGGACAAUACCCAAUUCAAAUGUGCUGGAGACUCAUUCGUCAUCUUCUCUGUGGGACCACAGGGACAGUGUCACACCUGAAAGAAACACCGCUGAGCUGCACGAUGGCAGAGAGAGGCUCACUCUCAGGGGGCUCAUAGGGGCAUUUUCUUCAUGUCCUUCCAGCCCAAUUCACAAUCAUAAACCUAACACAAGCCCAAGCAGCACACUGCAAAGACACUCUGGGACGGUAACUAGAGCACAUCAUAUACAAGCAGCUUGGAGAUUAGCUUCAGAAGCACACUGAUCUGACCUAACCACCAAGGAGGCUGCAGCUUGUCCAAGCUCCCUCCUGAGAGCCCACUAAGAAAGAAGAGCUGACAUGCUGACAUAUGCUGACAUACCUCAAGCAGGGUGCAAACAACAGAGAGGACCAUCCCCAGGUCAGACAAGGUAUGUACUGCUUGGAAAGCCCUUUAGACAACAAUCAGCAUUUACUCAGCAAUGUGUUGCUAUUUGAGAAUUGCCAAGAAACAUACUCCUAAGGAGCCCAGAUGGCUCAAAUGGUGCUGGUAAAGAUAUAUGCAGGUACACCUCAGAGGUAGGUGUGCUUCUCUUUUCUUACACAAUACAAUACCCUUGUUUUAGUAAAGGCUACACUUAAGUAUGAUGCACAGCACUGAUAGCAAGAAUAAGCACAUUACUGGGAAAGAGAGGGAAGACAAUGAAAGGAUAUGCCUGAAGAGAUUAACAUCUUCCUGGGAAAGCAGAACUCAGUUUGUCUCCCCAUCCAUCUCCCAGAAGCUUAAGAAAAUAGUCUCCAGCUGCAUCUAGAGCAACAACCUUCACAGCAAGCACAUCUUUUAAUUAUGAAAGACCCCCUAAAGCUAAGCUGCCAGAGCAAACACCACAGCCCCUGCACUGUCCAGCAAGCGUUCUCCCAUCAAGCCUCUCAUACAGCUCAGCGCUGUUUCUUCCAAGGUGUAAAACAGCUUCCCACAGCCCCGUGGGGAAAAAAAGAGAAAGCUCUCACCUCACUAACAUCGCUGGUGGCACAGCACAGGGACACUUGUAGGAGAAAAAUCAGCCACCAGUUUGACGUGAUCUUAACAUCACCCUGAGCUACAACAGCUGUGCAGAAGAUGCUUGCACCAGGAGCUACAGAAACAGCAAGGUUACUUUAGAGCAGCUUAUACAGGGGAAUUUCCACACAUUAACUGAAUCAGCAAGGAAAGGACAGAGCAUAUGAGUGAGCUCAAGUUAUCUCCUGCUACGGAACACAACUGUUCCCCUGCAGCUUUCUUCUCAACAGUUACCAACCCUAGAGUACAACCUCCUGUUUUGGCUUUCUGAUACAAGCACGUCCUCAGCAAAGGGGCAGGACUUUUCUCCAGGCUAUGUACUGCCCAUUAGUUGAUAGCCUUCACCUCUGUCAACAGGACAGCAGAAAAACAAGCUGAUUUAUGCCAUUUGGCACCACAGCACACGUUUACAAGACAGAGCUGACCCAUUCAGACUGUGUGUGUGCUCCCACCUCCCCCCAAGGCUUCUACUUCUGUUCUCCUAUCUCCUUCCUUGCAGUGAUUUUGGCAUCAGUCUGACCACAUAAUAUAAACAGUGGAGUCUACUAAUUCAGUAGGAAAAAUAUCCUGCAGGGUGUUACAUUUCUGUGCAAUUAGUGACUGUAAUCUUUGCCUGGUACAACCAAACAGAGCGAACGUGAAGGAUGGUGUGUGAGCACGCAUCUAAAGCGGGGAUGAUCACUGCUCCAGAGACACCAAGCAGCUGCUAAAGAUGCAGAGCCACGUGUCUGGAGUCACCAACAGAAACAAGAGCUCUGUUCACAACCUGCUUUUACACAAAACUCAGUUAGCAUUAGGAAUUAGAGAUUCUCAUGAAUCCACACAAGAGCCAAUUCCUCGUGCAAGAAAAAAGGUCAUUUAAUAGCAUAGUUACACAACUGCAGGAUUUCAUAAAGAGACUGCUGCACAUCCCAGCCAUUGGAACUGAGCCAUUAAGACAAGAACCUGCUCUUCAGUGUUCAUUCAGCACUCAGUUCUUGGAGAAGACUCAAUACAAAUCUCACAUGCCUCCCCAGAAGACUUCUGGCCCUUUAUAAGGGACAGUAUGAACACAGGGAGCACUUAGUCAACAGCCUGCUCAGAUCAUGCACUUACCUGUCUACUGAGCUGCUAUGGGAACAGCAGGUAAGUCCUACUGCAAAAGCAGUAACAUGAGACAAUCACUGCUCACACCACGUACUGGUUUGCCACACACACCAGUACCAGUGGAAGCUCCAAGUAUUCCUGACUACAUUCAAUAUCUUGGCUUUCAAAGCUGCCAGCUGAAAAUGGUGAUCCCAAAAGCAGUACAUGAGUCCCCACCACCACUUCCUGCCAUUUUGCCAAAGCCUUCAGAAUGCCUUCAGGUAGGCAGGGAGAUCAUCAUCAAGAAACCAUCACAAGCAGCUCACAGAAGCUGGCCAUGCAGGGUGACCUGACUUGGAAGGGAUCUCACUACUGAGCUCAAGAAGGAGAACAGUAUGAGAAAAGCCACAAGCUCUCUGCACUUCUCCGGCCAGUUCUAGUACACUGUCCUCCCUCUGGAUGGCACACAGAGCUUUCAGCCAGUCCUUCAAAGUUAACACAACACAAUAAAGUGGUUUUCCCAUCACCUUAUGCCUUCAGAACUAUCUCCAGAACAGAGUUUAACCUUGUGACAACUUCCAGCAAGCACAGGCUUUUUGGUUAACCAAACGGACCUGGACGAAAGGACUGGCACAGGUCACUGCCAGAAAAUACUUGCAGAAGACUCAGCUACAGGCAAUUUCUGUGUAAGUUUGUAUCCAAUACAGAAGAGGCUUGGCAGGGUAAGCCUGCUACUUGAAACCGAAAGCCCUAAAGGAUUCUCCUUCCAUUUCAGAGGAAAUCCCCUGCUUAAUUUCAUGCAAGGAGUCCUUUGGUCAUCAGACUGGCUGCUGACUUUAGACAUGAACUGGAUUUAGCAAGGAGAAGAGUAGGAGCCCAUUUGUGCCUGCUGCCACCAGCACUCAGCUGUGAGCACUGCACACACCCAGCUGUGCUUCCAACUGCAAGGCAAACACAUAUAGCCAGGUGCCCCCAGAGCAACUGAAAAUCAAAAUGCAAAGCAGAACAGCAGCACUAAUUGACGGAAAGUUACAAGUUCACCUUUUACACUGAGCUUUAGAUUACAGUACCCACAAGUCAGUUCCUUAAAAUAAAAACAGCCUUUAAUAAAACCCUUUGGAAUGUGUUUUAGUAAUUAACACAAGUUACACAGUGACACUGCAAGACCUUCUUUCUCUUCAGAAUACACCUACAGGCACAACAGAUGCUGUGCGUGUUGGAGCAGGAGGUAAGCAUCGCAUCACUUGCUCCUGUCUGAACGUUUGAUCUGCCCAAGAACAGGGAGCAACAGGAAACUCUGACAGAAUACUCUCCAAACAGAGGAGGGGAGAGACUAGCAACAUCCCAAAAGCUACUUUUAAUAUUGGGAACAUGUACAUCACCCCCCUCAGCUAAGAACCACAGUCUCCCUUCAGAUUUUGGUAUGAUGGCAAUGAUUAUGUCACAAAUCACAGCAACCUCAACAGAAUUUAGGCCAGCAGCAUAGAUGACAGAAAACAGGAUCUAACAGAAUUAGGUAUUAAGGAAAAGCCCAUAUUAACUUGCAAGUUCACAAAGGAUAAAAGCCAUACAUUUUCAAGUCCUCCACAUUCAAGAGAAAGACUAAAGAAAUAACUACCCGCAGGCAGGCUUGUGAAGAUAUUUUAUGUUUAAUACAUCUGAAAAGAAUGCAUAUACAAAGAACUUAGACAUGAAAAAGCAUUGGUUCAACACUAAUGAGUUGACAAGAAAUUGGAGUUUGGGAAGAUGGAGAAGAUUCCCUAAGUCUUUUCCCUAAAAGAAAAACAAUUUAACUUGCAAGUCAAAAUGUGGUUUUUGGUAAAGUCCCUACAAAUACUGCUGUCUACGCAAAGAUCCUGCACACAAUCCUUGUUGGGCUGGAACCCAUCUUACAGCUUCAAGGUUACUUAAAAUGGAGAAAAAGGGGAUUCCCUCAACUGGUCCCUGCAUGGUGCCAUGCUGAACACUAGGAAACCCUCCCCACAGUUCCUUCCUACUGACAGGUCUGUCUUUCAACCUCUCCUUGAAGGAUGCCAAACCUUUGUAGGGAGAUGCACCACCAGGGCCAGCUCUCAUUCCAAUACAUGCCAGGUUCUUUCAGUGCAUCCAAACAGCAGUGGAUGUGCUGAUCAUUAGAAGCAUUUCCUCAAAUAAGAAAGGAUUGGCAAAAAGAUGGGCUUGUUAAAAGCCAACUGAAUCAGUUGGGCACGCUUUAAAAGGUGCAGUUAUUUCUUCAUCACGUGACCAAAAGCUCAUGAAGUGACUGACAAGUUAGUUUCCAAGUCUGAUGGUGCAUCCAGGGAAAAGGAUUCUUCUGUUCCUAAAACUUUAUAACUUAGAGGACGGGGCAGAAAUUUAUGACUUGCACAGUGGGAAGCCAGGAGGAGAGAGAGAGAGAUACAAGGCAACUUCAGAGGAAAUGCAGAUACAUUUUCUACACUCCUCCUUAGAGGAGCACCAGCUUGGGACAUCUUACUUUCCUGUAUUUGUCUUUAGUAUGAAAGGCUGUUCACACACGGGCUGCUGGCUGGCUGCAGAACAGCCCUAGGAGUUCCUGAAACCAGAACUAAGUCUCGCCAGACCGGCAGAAGGGGCAAGGCUUCAGUAAAACAGCCUAGAAUUAGUCUGUUACAGAAAAAAGUCAUGACAAGCAUGCCUGGAUUUUAAACAAAAAA